GAGACGCAGAGGAGUCCCGCCUGUUUUGGGAGCAACAGGCGCGAGAUAAAGGAGUCUGCUUAUUGACCGGGAGCGUGUUUGUUCGCUCCCGAGCUCGUUUAUUGCUGUGUUUGUUUGUUUACUCCGGUGUUUUUUUGUUUACUCCGGUGUUUGUUUGUGUCUCUGUGCGUCGUUGGAGCUGCAGCUGUGCGGAACAGCUCCGCCCGGGAGUUUAAUAAUCAACUGGAAAAAGAAAAACACAAGAACAGAGAAGGAGAGGGGGCACAAACUUUAUCACACACACACGGAGCAGCGCUGAGAUCAGUGAGAUGGAUCACAAUGAUGGAUACGUGCUCAGUAUCCCGGUGCCCAUCCUCCGCGGCAGCUCCGAUUCCAACUUGAACAAGUCCAGCAAUCUUCUGCAGGAGCUGCCUCGGGGCCGGCUGGAGCUGGAGAGCCUGCAGCAGAAGAUCAUGAAGGUGACGGAGCAGCUGAAGGUGGAGCAGAUGGAGCGGGACGAGAACGUGGCCGAGUUCCUCAAGCUGGUCAGCAUGGCGGAUAAGCAGCAGGUGGCGCGAAUAAGGCAGGUUUUUGAGAAGAAGAACCAGAAGGCGGCGCAAAACAUCAGCCAGCUGCAGAAGAAACUGGAGCAGUACCACCGGAAGCUGAAGGAGAACGAGAGCAACGGCUCCAAACACAGCAGCCCUAAAGAUCUGGCCAAGGAGUUGCUGCAGAAGGACGUGUCCAAAGACGUGUCCAAAGACGUGUCCAAAGACGUGUCCAAAGACGUGUCCAAAGACUUAUCCAAAGACUUGUCCAAGGAAGCUCUGAAGGACGUGAACGGUAGCGGACGGCACAUUCGCCUGGACAAAAUCAAAACCAUCGGCCCUGGAGUCUCGCUGUCUCCUCCCUUCUUCUUCAGCAAGCCCAAGGAGUUCGCCAACCUCAUCCGCAACAAGUUCGGCAGCGCUGACAACAUCGCCCACCUCAAGACCAGUUUAGAGGAGGGCGGCGCCCGAAUGCUUGGAGGGAGCGCCACCAUAGUGGGCCAAACCAAGUACCACAGCGAUGACGAGAGUUCUGUGGGUUCCUCUGGUUCCGCGGACAGUAACGGUAAUCCUGCGGCCCCUCCGCAGGACAACAGCUCCAUUUCCAUGGUGCUGGUGGAGCUCCAGCACAUCCGGCAGUCUCAGAACCGGCUGGCUGAGGAGAUGGAGGCUCUGAAGGAGGACCUGAAAGAAGGAGACAAGUUCCUGGCACAGACGCUCGAGGAGGAGAAAUACAGGGUGGAGCGUCUGGAGGAGCAGCUCAAUGACCUGCUGGAGCUCCACCAACAUGAGAUGACCAAUCUGAAGCAGGAUCUCGCCAGCAUCGAGGAGAAAGUGGCCUACCAGGCUAACGAGAGGGCCAGAGACCUGCAGGAGGCGCUGGAGUCAUGUCAGACACGGCUGGCAAAGCUGGAGGUUCAGCAGCAGCAGCAGCAGCAGACGGUGCAGGUGGAGGCAGAGGCGGGCCGGAUGCUGUUGGGGAAGGGGAUCAGCGUCCUGCUGGCCGUCGCCACGCUGCUGCUGGUGUGCGUCUCCACGGCAGCCAGGUUCAUCUCCCCCAUCCUGCGCAGCCGGCUCCACCUGCUGGCCACAGCGUUCGCUGCACUGCUGCUGUCACUGCUCUGGAGGAACUGGGAGAAUCUGCAGCACAGCCUGGAGCACACGCUGGGCAACGGCUGAGAAACGCAGGCAGGACUAAACACAAACCUGAGCCUAAAUCCAAACUGGAACCCAAACUUCGUACCAACCUUGAAUUCUGAAGCCAAACCGGAGGUGCAAAUCCAGAAACCAGACUCAAAUCUUGAACCCAAAGCCAAACCUGCAAGACGAGUCCAAACCUGAAACACAGACCCUCAAUGUGAACCCUCAAACACUAAAACCAACACUUUGGCACCAAACCUGGAGCCAAAACCCAGUGUCUGGAACCCAAACCUCAGAACCAAAACUAAACCCAAACCCAAACUGAAACCCAACGCUUAAAACCAGACCGAGCACCCACACGCAAAUUCUCAGCUCUGAACACUGAACCUUCUGAACAAAACACAAACUGGGACCCAAACUGGGAACUUAAACCAAACGCUGAACCCAACCUGGAAGCCAAACACUGAAUCCAAACUCAGUACCCAUAAACCUAACCUGGAACCUAAAUCUGGAACCCAUCCCAAACCUAAACCUGGAGAUUAACCCAGAAUCCAAACCCAGAACCCAGAAACCUAACCUAGAACCAAAACCUGGAACUUUAACCAAAUGCUGAACCCAACCUGGAAUCUAAAUACUGAAUCCACAACCAGAAAACUGAUCCAGAGCCUACGCCUGCAACCCAACCCAGAAUACAAACCCAGAACCCAUAAACCUAACCUGGAACCUAUCCCAGGAUCUAAAACUGGAGUCCAACCCAGAAUGCAAACCCAGUAAGUCAAAUCUGAAAUUCAAACCCAGAAUCCAAAUACGCAACCCAGAACCCAAACCCUCAGUACUGAACCCAAACGCUUAAUUCAAACCCAGAAACCAACCAGAAUCUGGAGCCUAUCUCUGAACCCAAACCUGGAACCCAAACUUGGAUCCCAAACCCAUAACCAAGAACCAGGAACCCACACCAAAAUCCGGCACCUAGAACACAACCUGGUAUUCACCCACUCUAUACUGACCCCAACAUGGAACCCAAAUCUGAACACUGGACCUUAUUCUAGCCUCUGUUCUUACUGGACCCAUACUGCACUGUGAUGAUAGCCGAGUGGUCAGUGUGGUCGGUGAACUCGGCCGUGUCCGUGUUUACCGGUCAGCCUUGUUCCGCUCACGCUGUUCAAACCGUUGAAACAUUUUACGACUGUGGAUUCUUCCAAAGUAAAUCUGGUUUGUUUUGGUUCCCACGUCACUGUAGAACGAGGAACCGAACCCAGCCUUCAAACUGAUACUGAGAUUCAGCCUGAAACUCUGAGGUGCCUUUUCAGUCCGAGGAGAGGAGGAGGAGCAGCUCUGUGGAGCUUCAGGAGGAAAUGCGCUGCUGUUUCUUUAAGAGCUGAAUGUUUCUCUGAUUUCAAACACAUUCCUUUCCACCGGACCGCCGCUCACAUGCAGGACCGGGUUCUACGGGCCUGGAGCCUGGCUUCUGUUUCUGUUUCAAAUGCAAUCGUGGUUAUUGAUCAGUUGAUAAUCAUUAAGAACAGUAAUCGUUCAGCUGUGUUUUGAAUGGUGUUUAUUAGUGAUGAUCCAGGAGAGUUUCAACACUAGAAAUGACCAAAUCCAUCCUGCUCCCUCGAACGGGACGGAAAAACUUUCAUGGACAAAACGUUUUCCACCACGUUUUAUUUCGGACUGUUUUUUGGUGCCUGAACUGUUAAUCUGAACCAUCCGAGCCUUAUGAAUAAUAAAGAGGAGCGUGUGCGGCAGUAUGACUGAAACGAGAGAGGUGGUCCUCUGUGUUGAAAAACUGCAGGGAUUUUUUUAUUUUGACCAUAUUCUGUUUUUUUAUGUAGUAUUAUUAUUAUUAUUUGUUUAUUGGAUGAAUCUAUUUUAUAAAACUGAAGUGUUAAAUACUGAUUAUAUUAUUAUUUUAUGCUGCAAAUGUCUUUUAGAAAAUUACCAAGCGCCUGUUUUUAUAUUCCAAUCUUUACACUGGAUCUAGACAUGCAAUUAAAACAAGACGCUGAUUGUU